UAGUUACCUGCGGGGAGAGGAAGUUUAGCAGCUUCUCCCACUACUUUUUACAAAGUGUUGCAGAAUUUACCUGCAGUCUUGACCUUGUCUUGGCGCACACACGUUGGUCGGCCAGAUAGCCAGGGGAGAAUCACACAACCCAGAAACGAAGGAUUAAAGAGAUAGUCAGAGGAGAUCACACAGUGUGGGAACGAAGGAAUAGGAUCACAACUCAGCCAUGGUGGACUGCAGUUGCCCGGUGAGCCUACCAGGGCCCUCAGUUGCCAACUCAUGCGGCGGAGCUUCAUUCGUGCUCUUCAUGGGUCUUCUGGAGCAGUUCCUUCGGUCCCAGUGUGAUAUCGAGGACCCUUGUGGCCACUUUACACCACCACAGAACCCUGAAAGAGAAUAUGAUUUUAUCGUGGUGGGUGGUGGCUCCGGGGGUUCCGUGGUGGCCAGCAGACUGAGUGAAGUACCUGACUGGAACGUUCUGUUGGUGGAGGCAGGAGGGAACGAGCCCACAGGCAGUCAGGUGCCAUCUCUCUUCCUCAAUUUUCUGGGCUCCUCUGUUGAUUGGAAGUACAAGACUCAGCCUGAGGAGAUGGCCUGCUUGAACAGCAAGGAUCAGAGAUGUUCUUGGCCUAGAGGAAAGGUGAUUGGAGGGACCAGUGUUUUAAACGGGAUGAUGUACAUGAGAGGCAGCCGAAGAGAUUUUGACAGUUGGGCUGAACAAGGAAACACUGGUUGGUCAUACGAAGAUGUUCUUCCUUACUUUAAGAAAUCUGAAGACAACUUACAGGUUGAAAAUAUGGAUGCUGGCUAUCAUGGAGUGGGAGGCUUGUUACCAGUUUCUAUCUUUCCCUACCAACCACCACUUGCGAUGGACAUCUUGAAGGCAGGCCAGGAGUUAGGGCAAAGAGUUGGAGAUUUGAAUGGGAAAUAUCAUGAUGGAUUUGCCAUCGCUCAGACUACAAGCAAAAAUGGUACAAGAUACAGUGCUUCACGGGCAUUCCUUAGACCAGCAAAUAAUAGACCAAAUCUUCAUAUUAUGCUCAAUACAACUGCAGCACGUGUACUAGUUGAUCCAGCUAAGAAGCAAACCUAUGGAGUAGAAGUCAUAACAGGAGAUGGGCAAAAACAAAAAAUCCUUGCAAGGAAAGAGGUUGUGGUAAGCGGUGGAGCUGUGAAUUCUCCCCAGCUCCUUCUUUUGUCAGGCAUAGGACCUAAAGAGGAUCUACAAAAAGUGGGAGUGCCACUGGUGCAUCACCUUCCGGGAGUGGGAAGAAACCUUCACAAUCAUGUUGCUUUCAGAAUAAGUUUUUACACCAAUAGCACUGCAACUUCUGAUCUGAACUGGGCCACAGCUAUGCAGUACAUGUUGAACAGAGAUGGUGUUAUGUCUAGCACUGGACUUUCUCAAACUACUGCUAUGAUCAAAACAAAAUUUGCAAAUGCUAGUGAAGAUCAUCCCGAUAUACAAAUAUUUUUUGGUGGCUAUUUAGCUAGGUGUUCCAAGACCGGAGAGAUUGGGGAGAUACAGGGUACACUUAAAAAUGGAGUUCCCCCUCGUAGAAUGAUAACAAUAACCCCUACAGUUCUUCAUCCCAAGAGCACUGGAUAUCUAGUACUAAAAAACAAUGACCCUCUUUCUUACCCUCUGAUUUUUGGGAAAUAUCUUACAGAUCCAUUUGAUGUAGCAACACUCAUUGAAGGCAUAAAGUUCUCGUUGAAAAUACCAAAAACAAAAGCUUUGAAGAAAUAUGGUAUAACACUGAAUGAAACUCCUAUUAAGGGAUGUGAAGGUAAAAAAUUUGGAUCUGAUGAUUACUGGGAGUGUGCUGUACGAAGGAAUACAGCAGCAGAAAAUCAUCAGGCCGGAUCUUGUAAGAUGGGUCCAGAACAGGAUUCGAGUGCUGUUGUAGAUCCUGAAUUGCGGGUGUACGGAAUCAAGAACUUGAGAGUGAUGGAUGCGUCUGUCAUGCCAAGAGUCACCUCGGGUAACACAAAUGCUCCAAUCAUAAUGAUUGCUGAAAAGGGUUCAGAUAUGAUAAAAAAGAAAUGGUUAGCACAAUAAAUAUAAAUAUUAUAGAAAUUUUUAAUUUUUGAUUGAUGAAAAAUACUAUAGGCAAGAAAUUGCAUGGAACCAUAUUUGUCACUGAAGUUAAGAACAAAACAAACUACUGUAUUGAUUUUAAUAGUCUUGUAAAACACAAAAACCAAUAUUAUCUUAUGAGACUGGUCUUUAUAAUCAGCUGACUGAACAAGAUUUGUAUAGAAAUAAGUAAAUUCUUAUUAAAUAUUUAUUUUACAAAAAUCACAAUAAAAUGGAUUAAUGUUUUCAAUAAAUUUUUAAGAAUA